UGCAGCCACAUCGGCGGGGGCGGGACUUCCUGCUCCUCCGUAGAGUUCGCCAUUUGCCUGUGGCGAUCCCGUGUUUGCCGGCUUUGAAACCCUGAGGCUAGUUCAGUGCUGCUUCCCAGCCCUCUCUUCCAGACCCAGCCCCUAUGUUCCAGUCGUGAACCCCGGUAACGGGUUGCUCCUGGCGCCCGACCAGGCCACGAGCUCUCCGGGACUCCACACCGCCCUUCAUCCCCGCAGUUGCCAAGGGCGGCGCCCAGGGCCUGGUGCGACUUUCACUCGGGGAGACUGAGGCCCGGAGGGCGACAGUUGGCCGAGGUCCCCCAGCCAAGGCAGUGCAGGGUGGGGUCGGCGGGACCCGUCCCGGCCGCCCCCCUGUUCAGGCACUGCCCUCCUCACAGGGUCCCACGAUGGCGGCGGCGCUGAUGGACUCGGCCCAGGUGUCUGUGACCUUUGAGGACGUGGCCGUGACCUUCACACAGGAGGAGUGGGGGCAGCUGGACCUGACCCAGAGGAGCCUGUACCAGGAGGUGAUGCUGGAGAACUGUGGGCUGCUGGUCUCUCUGGGGUGUCCUGUGCCCAAACCAGAGCUGAUCUACGAGCUGGAGCUCAGGCAGGAGCUAUGGGCUGUGAAGAAAGACCUGUUCCAAAGCACCUUUCCAGGGGAUAAAGCAAAACUUGAGAACACAGAGCCAACUGCACCUGAGCCGGCUUUGUCUGAGGGACCAUCAGACCAGGGACAACUGACACUGGGAGCCUCCAGGGACUCCCAUUUGGGGCGAGACAGGAAUCAGGAGGGGCCGCCAGAAAUACAGGACCAGCACUCAAGGCCGGGGAUAAAUCCCCAGAAAGUGCAGUUUCCUGGGAAAAUGAACAUGGAACAUGAUGGGAUGGGGACAGAUGAUGGUGCAUAUUCAAGAAUUCUUCAGGAGCGAGUCUCCCCAGGCCAUGCUGUCCAUGAUGGUAACUCAUGUGGACCAGCUAAAGAUGCCAUGACUCAUGAAGAGAGACACCCCUAUGUAUGCAAGGAAUGUGGCAAAGUGUUUAACAAAAAACGUCUCCUUGCUCAACAUGAGCGAAUUCACUCUGGAGUGAAGCCCUAUGAGUGCACAGAGUGUGGGAAGUUCUUUAGAAAGAGCACGUAUCUCCUUCAACACCACAUGGUCCAUACAGGGGAGAAACCCUACGGGUGCACAGAGUGUGGGAAGGCCUUCAACCGCAGGUCACACCUUACGCAGCACCAGCGGAUUCACAGUGGAGAGAAGCCAUAUAAGUGCAGUGAAUGUGGAAAGGCCUUCACCCACCGCUCCACUUUUGUCUUGCACAAGAGGAGCCACACUGGAGAAAAACCAUUUGUUUGCAAAGAGUGUGGAAAAGCCUUUCGUGAUCGGCCAGGCUUUAUUCGACACUACCUCAUUCACAGUGGAGAGAAUCCCUAUGAGUGCUUCGAGUGUGGGAAGGUCUUCAAACACAGGUCAUACCUCAUGUGGCACCAGCAGACUCACACUGGGGAGAAGCCCUAUGAGUGUAGUGAGUGUGGGAAAGCUUUCUGUGAGAGCGCAGCCCUCAUUCACCACUACAUCAUCCACACUGGGGAAAAGCCCUUUGAGUGCACGGAGUGUGGGAAGGCCUUUAAUCACAGGUCAUACCUCAAGAGGCACCAGCGGAUUCAUACCGGGGAGAAGCCCUAUGUGUGCAGUGAAUGUGGAAAGGCUUUCACUCACUGCUCUACAUACAUCUUACAUAAAAGGGCCCACACUGGGGAAAAACCUUUUGAGUGCAAAGAGUGUGGGAAAGCCUUUAGCAGUCGGGCUGACCUCAUUCGACACUACACCAUCCAUACUGGAGAGAAGCCCCAUGAGUGCAUUGAGUGUGGGAAGGCCUUCAGCCGCAGAUCUGGCCUCACGAGACACCAGCGGAUUCACAGUGGAGAGAAGCCCUAUGAGUGCAUCGAAUGUGGGAAAACUUUCUGUUGGAGCACAAAUCUCAUUCGACACUCUAUCAUCCACACUCGAGAGAAGCCCUAUGAGUGCAGUGAAUGUGGGAAGGCCUUCUGUCGCAGCUCAUCCCUUACGCAGCACCAAAGGAUUCAUACUGGGAGAAGUCCUAUCACUUGCACAGAGUGUGGAAAAACAUUUAGCAAGAGCAAAAACCUCAUUCAACACAUCAAGGUCCAUGCUGGGGAGAAGCCCUAUGAGUGCACAGAGUGUGGGAAGGCCUUCAGCUUCAGGUCACGCCUUACACGGCACCAGCAGUUUCACACUGGGGAGAAGCCCUAUGAGUGCACAGAGUGUGGGAAGGCCUUCAGCCACAGGUCAAAACUCACAGAGCACCAGCGGAUUCACACUGGGGAGAAGCCCUAUGAAUGUACAGAGUGUGGGAAAGCCUUCAGCCACAGGUCAAAACUUGCACAGCACCAGCGAAUUCACACUGGGGAGAAGCCCUAUGAGUGCACAGAGUGUGGGAAGGACUUCAGCCACAGAUCAAAACUUGCAGAGCACCAGCGGAUUCACACUGGGGAGAAGCCCUAUGAGUGCAUGGAGUGUGGGAAAGCCUUCACCCACAGAUCACAACUUGCACAGCACCAGCAGAUUCACACUGGGGAGAAGCCCUAUGAGUGCAUUAAGUGUCCAAAGGCCUUCAGCCGUAGGUCCCAACUUACACGGCACCAGCGGAUUCAUACUGGGGAGAAGCCCUUUGAGUGCACUGAGUGUGCAAAGGCCUUUAGCUGUAGGUUCCAACUUACACAGCACCAGCGGAUUCACACUGGAGAGAAGCCCUAUGAGUGCACAGAGUGUGGGAAGGCCUUUAGCUUCAGGUCACACCUUACAAGGCACCAGCAGUUUCACACUGGGGAGAAGCCCUAUGAGUGUAUCGAGUGUGGGAAGGUCUUCAGCCACAGGUUACAACAUGCACAGCACCAGCGAAUUCACACUGGGGAGAAGCCCUAUGAGUGCAUUGAGUGUGCAAAGGCUUUCAACCGUAGGUCCCAACUUACACGCCACCAGCGGAUUCACACUGGGGAAAAGCCCUAUGAGUGUAUCAAGUGUGCAAAGGCCUUCAGCUGUAGGUCCCAACUUACACAGCAUCAGCGGAUUCACACUGGGGAGAAGCCCUAUGAAUGCACAGUGUGUGGGAAGGCCUUCAACCAAAAGGCACACCUUAUAAAGCACCAACGGAGUCACACCGGGGAGAAGCCCUAUGAGUGCAGUGAAUGUGGAAAGACUUUCGCCCACUCCUCCACUUUAGUCCGGCAUAAAAGGAACCACACGGGAGAAAAACUCUUUGGCAAGAAGUGUGGGAAAGCCUUUCGUGAUCAGCCAGCCUUAUUUGAACGCUACAGGAUCCACACUGGAGAGAAGCCCUGUGAGUGCAGUGAGUGCGAGAAGGCCUUCAACCGCAAGUCAUACCUCACUCAGCACCAAAGGAUUCAUACUGGGAGAAGCCCUAUCAGUGUGACAGAUGUGGGAAGACCUUUCAGGAGUGGGACCUCAGUCAACAUUCAAGGUCUUCUAUUGGGGUUGGAUUUUUUAAAUGUAAUCACUGAAGAAAAUCUUUGGUCACAGGAUCCAUUUUACUUAGCAUCUAAUCAUUCAUGCCAAAGAGAAAGCUCAGAAGUAUCAUCCCUGUGAGGAAGUGUUCUGUCACCAAUCAUUGCCAUCCAAGGGUCAUAUUAGAAAUUGACCCACAUAGAGUCUGACCGUAUAUCUCAAAAUUCAUCCAGGAGAGAGACACAGUGGUCACUGUUCACUUAGGAAAGCAUUCAGCCACGUCUUUAUUAGUUCCCUCUGCAUUGUUAUCUCAGGAAUAGUUAAACCAAGAAUGAGAAGGCAACAGAGACAUAGAAAAGAAAAAGAAAUGGAAACAAUAUAUAUUUUUUCAGAAUUCCUAGCCAAGCUUAUUACAAUUUGUCAUUGAUUCCUUUUUUGAAGGUAUGGGAGUGUUGUUUCAGAGGUUAAAGGGCCUCACCCUGUUAUACAUUCACUGCUAUCCAGUGCCAGUGGAAUUUGUCAGUUGAGUACAGGUCUGAAAUAUGAAGGCUUAAGUUAUGAAAUACUUUCCACAUACAAUAUGGUACACAUACAAAUGGCAUAUUUUAAGAAAUCUGAUUUCUUCAUGUAGUUCUAAUUUGUCAACAGUCAUACUUUUUUUAGUCCCACUUUAUCGUUUUGUUUUUUGCCUUCUGUGGCAAGUAGAUGACAGUGGAGCUGUGUGACUUUCCCAGGUGUGUCCUAAUUCUUUUGUCUCACUGAGAUUCCUCAACUUCUCAUUCUUCUGUAGAUAAACUUCUCCAAGUCUACCUCGACAGUUUUCUAGGGGUUGAAUUACAACUAAGACAAAAUAAAACACAUAGCUAAAUUAAGUUAAAGGAUCAUGAUGAACUCUGAAAAAACAUGGAGAAAGAAUCUUAUUUUUUUAUCUUAUAAAAGAUUGUGUGAACACUUUGAUGGAUAUAGAAGUGGAAAAACUAAUCCUCAGUUCUAUGUGGAAAGUCAGUUCUAUGUGGAAAGACAGGAUACCUCAAAUAGCCAAAACGAUUUUGAAGAAGAAGAACAAAGUAGGACACUUCACACUUCCUAACUUCAAAAUGUAUUAUACAGCUAAAGUAGUCAAACAGACUGGUACUGGUUUAAUGAUAAGACAUAUAGACCAAUGGAACAGAAUUUAAAAAACCCGGAUAUAAAUCCAACCAUCUGUGGUCAAAUUGUUGUUUGAGAAGGGAUCCAUAUAUACAGAAACUAAUAUUUAUUAGUGGUUAUCAGGCAUGAGGAGUGAGGCAGGGAUUCACUCUCUAAAUAGUAGACACUUGUUAUUUUUGGUGAUGGGAAAGGUAACACCAAGUGGGAGUGAAGUGAACACAGCAUGAGAAAGGUAAAUGAUGUCACAAAAAUGUACAGAAGAAAAAAGGACCUCUUGGUAACUGCUAUGGCAUGUGUAAUUUUGAAUCAAAAGCAAAAACAACCAAAAAAUAUAUGUGCAGGUAUAUAUGCAUGAAUGUAGGCAUAAAUGUGUAUAUGUGAGAA